AUGGGGCGUUAUGCUAAAUAUAAGAAGCUAACAAAACUACCGUCUGGGUCUGCCACCAAAAAAAUUAAACAGUACUAUUUGGCUGAGCACCUCAAUUUUCUGGAUAACUUCCUUAAAUCACGGCAGAGUAAAGGUAAUAUUACUGAAGUCGAGACAGCACAAGAAGAAGAACAACAAAACAGUGAAGACGAACAGCUGGAUGACAGUACUGUUGAGGAACGUGAUGCCACUCAAGAUUCUGCCCAAGAUGCCAACCUUCCCACUACUGGUGAUACUUCAAAAGCAAGUAAACCUGCUCCUAUUCCGCCUACUCUAACCACGGAACAAAAAAAGGAUAAUGGGUACAGAAAGAGGAAAACACCAUUUACAAGUUUAUCUGACGUAAACAGUUCUGCAUUCAAGUAUUUUGAGACGAAACAACGGUUACUAAACCAAACAUCGCAGAAAACCUCUACCGAACCUGACCCCGACUUGGCUUUUUUGCAUAGUAUUUUGCCAGACAUGAAAGCUAUGGAUGCUAGGCAAAAAAGACAAUUCAAAAUUGGAGUAAUGAAAUUAGCAGAUGAAACACUUAAUAACGUGGAGAUUUCUUCAGUUGCUUCUGCAUCAACUAGAUCCUCAGCAAGUACAUUUAACUACACAUCACCGUCAGUGGAUCGCUUUGCUCCUAACAAUGAAGCUGCAAUGGACUUCGGCCAAACGGUAGAAGAGGAGGGAGAUUUUAAUAUUAAGAACUACUUGUAUAUGAUGCCUAAAUAGUUUGCUUCUAGUAGCGGUUCUUUUAUAAAGUUACUUAUAAAUAUACGUAUUAACGUAUAAUUUCCUUUAAGACAAGAAUAUUUGUUUGUCAAGAUUUCUGGAUCUAGUUCGUUUCUAAAUAAAUUUCUUAAACAAUAAUUUGUAGCCUACUAUUUAACUUACCUCAAAGUUAUCAGUAGUCUCUCUUCUGGACUAACAGGUUCUCUACAGUUAGUGCUUCUUUUUGUAAUGUCGUCCUUAACAAGGUCCAAAACUACGAAGAAACACUCACGGGACAUCCUAUAGAAGUUUUGGAAGCGUUGUGGAUAUAAA